UCUUCUUCUUCUUUCUCUCAUAUUGAUAUAGCAGAGGCUAUAUUAAAGAAUCCCCACCCUUUUAUCCUCCAUUCUUUUGCACCCACAAAAACAGCCAAACCAAUUCUUCCCUACUUUAGCUUUUCAGCCACUAACCAAAAAUAAAAACACUCGCCAUCUUCUUUGCCUUUUUUUUUUUUUUGGAUUUUUGUAGAUCUACAAAAACAUGAUUCAAGAACUCCUUGGAGCUUCGUCCUGCUUAAACUUUGGAGGUGAAACAAAAAUCUCCAUCAAUGGAACCAUUUUAGAAGGAACCCCAACUUCUUCUUCUUCUCCAUCACCAUCUCCGUCCCCUUCGUCUUCUCCGGUGACUAUUUCAUCAAAUUCGAAGAACCACCAGAACUUGAGGUGCCCCCGGUGUGAUUCCUCCAACACCAAGUUCUGCUAUUACAACAACUACAAUCUCACUCAGCCUCGUCACUUCUGCAAGACUUGCCGUCGGUAUUGGACCAAAGGAGGCGCUCUCAGGAACGUUCCUAUAGGCGGUGGGUGUAGGAAGAACAAAAGCGGUGCCGGUAUUGUUUCGACAUCAUCUUUGGGGAAAUCAGCUUCUUUUUCCGAGAUGAAAACUGUAGUUUCUGAAGUUAGUAGAUCUGGGUUCGAUCAUGAUCAGCUUCAAUCUACUACUCCGGUUCUUUGGACAACUACUUCACCCCAGAAUUCACAUCUUUUAUCCUUAUUGAGAACCACCCAAAACCCUAGCCCUAACACUUUGUCUAAUCCUGUUGGUAUCAAGGAAGAAUUGAGCUUGCUUGGAUCCCAAGUGAUGAACGAACAAACAACGGUUGCAACUGGUGCACUAAAUGCUCGAAUCCUAGGCUUGGAUCUUGUUAACCCUUUCUGCAAAAACAAUCAACAACAACAGAAUAAUAACGGGUUCCUAGUAGGUGAAGUUCAAAACGCAGGUAUGGUCCAAGAACUGUAUCAAAGGUUCAAAUCAUCAUCUCCAUCAAGUUAUUACUCUAAUACUUCAGCAGUGAUCCUAAGCAAUGUGGCUUCUUCUUCUUCUUUAUCGUCGCCUUCAACGAUUUUGGAGUCAUCUCCGGUUGCAGGAGGAGAACUGGGUUACUGGAAUCCGGCAUUUUCAUCAUCAUGGUCUGAUCUUCCAACAACUAAUGGUGCAUAUCCUUAAAAUAACCUCUUUCUCAUAUGAUAAAUGUUGUCGGUCGGUUCUUCUUGACUAGGUUGUUUCUUUUUCGUUUCGGUGUGUUUUUAAGGUGUGUUUUAACUAUUUAUGAGAGUGUUCCAAGGAUCGAUGUAGAACUAGUUAGAAAAAAAAUGUUACUUACAAGCUUUUC